UGUACGCUGCUUCUUGACGCUGUUACUGGCCAUUAUUCGACGUUUAAGAAUCGCUUAGGGACGCAUUAUACACUUAACGGAGGUGUAUGCCCCCAACGAAGUUUCUUAGAGAUUUGACACUUAUUAUUAACAAACCAAAAAAAAAAAAAUUAUUAGCACGCUAUGUUGUGAUGUUCAGUCAAAAUUCGCAAUCCUUACGCCAAACUCCAAACUCGUCGUUUUACAUCCGGGAUAUAUUGGGGGCGGAUUCCGGACCAAAUGGGACACCGGAAAAGUAUCCGGAAUACGGACCAAGAGGAGGCCAGGCCCUGGUGGGAUACCCGCCAGGUCCAUACACAAGUCACGUGAUGGCACACCAGUCCCUGGUCCCGUCCAGUCGGGCUUAUCCCCUGCCAUUCACCGGUAGAGUGGGUUUUCCGAUGGAAUCCCUGCUCGACCUCCAAGAGGCUAGUUCCCUGCCCAUCCCUCUCCCCGUCUACAUUCGAUCCCGCUCCCCCGGGGAGACCACGGCCCUCCUGAGACCCAAGAAAUGUCGGAGGAGUCGCACCGUCUUCACCGAGCUCCAGCUGAUCGGACUGGAGAAGAGGUUCGAAUCCCAGAAGUACCUCUCCACACCUGAUCGGAUCGACCUUGCGGAAUCCCUCGGACUUUCUCAGGUCCAAGUGAAAACUUGGUACCAAAAUCGACGCAUGAAGUGGAAAAAAUCGAUUACACAAAAUGAGCGUAAUGCUGGACAUACGGGUACCUCAGACACACAAGAAGAAGUCGAGCCAUCAAGUAAACCAAGUGCGCAUGCUCCGACGUGAGCGUUUCUACAUCUGUUUAUUUUAUGUAUUCAUGAAAAUA